UCGUACAGCUCAGGGCUCCGGCAGCCGCCAGACCAACACAAGCUUGUUCUUUGUAAUGUAAUGUAUUGUGGUACAUCAAUUAUCCAAGCAACAAAUGGAUAAAGUCUUUUCGUAGGGGUGACCUGCCUUUUUUGGUUUGAAACUCGUUUGCCUUUGUUUAUGUAAGGUAGUUAGGUUAAAUUUCUGUAUUUUUAUUUUAUCUUAACAGGUUAGUUAUUUUCCCUUUUUCUUUGUAGAAUUGUUUUGUUUGUUAUUUUGGGCUAGGGGUCACCCUGAAGCUCAUCAUUACAUUUAUUAUCUUUUCUUAAAAAUGAAGACCUGUUUGUUUAUAUUCUUUCUUGUUUCAACCAAAUUCUUGUUGAAUAUUCAUUAUAUUAAUUUUUUGGACAAUAAAGACAUGAAAAUUAAUUUGAUGUUCUUUGGUUUGUGAGUUGGUCUGACGGCUGGGAGAGUCUCUUUACCCUUUAUUGCAACCAACCCCUAGAGGUUGUAAUAAGCACCAAAGGUGGGACUUCCUCACACCUCGAUAAUUCCUUCUUCUCCAUCACAACCUGAGAUUUCUAGGAGUCUAGAUUUCUGGUCUAUAUCUAGAGUCAAGUGCUGAAUUUAUUUUUCUCUCGUUGUAAUGUUAAUGGUUUUUAUUAUUAUGUUGACUAACUUGUUUGAUGGAGCAGGAUGGAAUUGAGAAGUACCUCUUGAGGGAAGCAUUCAGUGACACAAAACUGCUUCCAGAUGAGAUUCUGUGGAGGAGAAAAGAGGCUUUUAGUGACGGUAUAACAUCCGUAAAGAAAUCCUGGUACACAAGCCUGCAAGAGCAUUCUGAGUCUGCGGUACGACAGAUAAAUGAAUCUCAGUUAGAGAAUGGUCCUAAGAGAUUCCCUUUCAACCCUCCCACAACCAAAGAGGGCUUCUACAUAAGGCAGACCUUUGAAAAGAUGUACCCCAAUCACAGUGAAUGGAUCCCACAUUACUGGAUGCCGCGAUGGAUCGAGGCCACAGACCCCUCCGCCAGAACUCUGUCCAUCUACAAGCCAGAUAAAGACCACCAAUAAGCCUUAACAACAACAGAGUUUGACUAAACAUUGUGUUCACUGCAACACUAUGCAUACUGUAUGUCUGUGCAUUAUAGAUAGGCAGAAAAAAUGUCUGUUUUUGAAAAACAUAACAUGAGUUUCGGUUGGUUUUACAGUAGUAACAAUAACUAGUAGUUAUUAACAAUAUAUGAAAUAUUUUUACCAAAAACUAGUUACUAUUUUUGUGAGACCUCGACUGGUUACUCAAAGAUUGUUGAUUGAAACCCUGUAAUCUGUAUUCACUGCAACUAUUUCAAUUGUGCCCCUGACUAAGACACAUUAACAGCCACAAGUUUCUUCAAUGGCACUGUCUUUUUAAUACUUACAGUAAAUAAUUUGGGAUGACAGAGUUAUCUAAAUAACAACAAAUUAGUUAUGCAGCCACGUUAAGAGUGCGAGCAUACACUAUGCCUGGUCAUUGUAAGCCUCAUAAGAUAUCAGAGAAAGAAUGCCUCUUGUCACCUGUUAUAUCAGGGUGAACCAUUAAGCCUUACAUGUGGCUUAAAUUACAUUGAAUAUUUUGUAAGAGCGGCACAGCAAUAAUAUAAAAUAGAAUGCGUUAUACUGCUGACAUUAGUCUGAUAUGCAUUGGAAGACUUGCCAACACUGUAAUACAAAAUAAAUGUAACAGAUCAGUGUCACUUGAAUGUUUUGAGAAACGUCAUCACUUCUGUAAGAAGUUUUCGUAAAUAUAUGAGUACAUUCCGAGUCAUUUUUCGCGUAAAACAGACCUAUCCAAAACGUCAGAUUUUGUAGUAAAAGGCGUGUAUGUUAAUAUGCAUACAUGUAAACGUGCGCAUGCAGCCACUUUUUCACUGUGGUGUUU